AUGUGGCAAGUGGUAUGGAUAACUAGCACCAAACAGCGAGACCGCUAUCCUCUCGAUUUGAUGAUAAGUGGGCGAAUGGGAGGGGCAACAGAUCCGCGAGAUAAAGUUGUCGCGCUUCUGGGCUUGAUAGAAAAAGGACAGUUGUCAAAUAUAGUAGAAUGUGAUUACAAAGGUAAACCUUUCUCGGUCGAUGCUGCAGCGCAUCAUGCGUCCAAUACCGUCGAUCUGACAUCAUGGGAGUCAGAUUUGCGACCACUAGCCAUGGAACUCCGAAUAUCAGAUGAUCCAAUACCUGGGUUACCCCAUUGGUCCCUAGACCUGAAAGCCUGUCCAAGUAAUGGCGAAGGGGAUUACCCCUUGCAAGGAUAUCCUCAUUAUAUAAUGCAGCGAGCGCGACCGCCCGAUAGACCGGGAGCUCUUGCUGAGUACUGCUUCAAAGACAAAAAUGGUGCUAUCGUUGAAAGGUAUUCUAGUCGAUAG